AUGGCGACUUUCUCACAGUGUUUGGCUUAUUUUCCUAUCCUGGAUUGUUUGCUGUCCUACCUCUCAGCAACGGAUUCUUCUAUUGUACUCGGCCUUAUCGGAGUUCUCUAUACCAACGACAAUAACGCAUACAAAAGAUAUGUCGAUGUUUUUAGAGACAUCCCUGAGUAUGCCAGUUGGAUCAAGCAGAUGUUGUCAAAAGGUCACACAGUAUUGCUUGUAGGAAAGGACCUGGAGGCACUUGAGUUGUCUUACAAGUACCCUCUCUGGUACUGGAGAGAACACUCUCGCAGUGAGGUGAGAAGCUUGUGGCUCGUUGCUCUCACCACAAAAAUGCGAAAGGAUAGCCUAAGGAAGACAGAUGCAAUUCCUGCCAUGGACGAGAGUGGUGAUAUUUUCGAAAUUCCCGUGUUUGACGAGGGCUAUCUGAAGUAUAGUCACAUUGGAGGGGGUUGUUCAAAUGCGCUCUGCUACCCAUUCACGUUAUCAAUGUCCUACAACAUGCCAUUACCUCUGCCAUGGCUCGACUGUGCCUACGACAUGAUGCAGAAGCGAUCCUGGUACACGAUCUCACGAGAUAGCGAUUCAAAUAUUGAUCUCGUCUAUCUUCCUAAUUACUGCGCUCAGGAUAUACUUUUCGACGAAGCGACGGAAGCCUCCAUGCCGUACUUCACAGCCAUAUUUGGCUGUCCGAUACCCUUCAGCGAACCAAUUGCUAUCCCGUACAUCAACCUAAGAGAUGGAAAGGUCCGAGUCAGUCUCACUGAUCCGUACAUAGGUCAGGGGAUAGAGUUUCCAGUGGAUAUAGAGUGGACUGGCGAGGAUUGGAGUGAAGAAUCGGAUAUGAACAGCUUUGUUUUUGCCUUUUAUCAACCUCGAGUUCAUAGACAAACUAUGGGGAUCUGCCGGUACAGCUUUAUGGCUAUAGAACUGGAAGGUCUUGAUCCCGACGUUAAUAGCAUCGAGACUUAA